AUGGCGCAUCGGGGUGGUGGCGCCAAGGCACACGCUCGAUCCAAACAGUGCGAUCAUCGCGCGACCUCGAGUCUAGUCCUCACCACAGACUCUCGACCACGGGACGCUCAUGAACCCACUGGGGAGCCCGAAUCAUUAUGGGGCAAGAUUGACCCUAAGAGCUUCGGUGACAGAGCUUAUAGGGGCAGGCCGCCGGAACUAGACGAGAAGCUGGAGAAAGCGAAGAAGAAGAAGAAGAAAGAACGCGACCCUCUUGCAGAACCUCCUCCCAAUUUGCAGAGCAAGAGACGCCGACUUCAAGAAGAAAGUGUCCUGACUUCCACAGAGGAAGGCGUUUACCAACCGAAAACGAAGGAAACUAGAGCUGCGUAUGAGGCUAUGCUUAGUGUCAUUCAGCAACAGGUGGGUGGGCAGCCACUGAGUAUAGUUAGUGGUGCUGCUGACGAAAUUUUGUCUGUACUGAAGAACGAGACCAUUAAAAACCCCGAUAAGAAGAAGGAGAUCGAGAAGCUUCUGAACCCUAUCCCCAACCAUAUAUUUGAUCAGCUUGUAUCCAUUGAUAGGCUCAUCACCGAUUAUCAAGAGGGAGGUGAUGCUCCCGGGUCUGCUACAGCUAAUGGUGACGAUGCCCUUGAUGAUGAUGUUGGUGUUGCGGUUGAGUUUGAGGAGAAUGAGGAAGAGGAGGAGGAGAGUGGUGAUGAGGUACAUGUAGAUCUCUCUAUACUAAAACUAGUGUACUAUGCCUACUAUGGACGCAGGAGUCAUUCAGCCGCAACCAUCUUGGAUAAAAAUAAUUUGGUCAGGAUGAGGAGAUGGAACUGGCAAAACUAUUGGAUCGCUUUCCCUCCCAUCAAGAAAAGCCUGGAAGAGCCUAGUGCUAAGAUUAAUGUUUUGCUGCAACCAUACGUUUCACAGUUAAAGGUUGAAGGACUCUCUCUGACGUCUGAUAUGUUUUUUAUAGCUCGGCAAAACUUUGUUCUCUUGACAAUUAGUUAA